UAAUAUACCGUAAAAUGAAUUGAAAUCCCGCAUGAUCCUCUAUUCAAAACUCGCGCCCUCCAGGCCAUCAAGCAAGAAGCGACAGUGUGACAGUGAUGAGUGGUGUAGUGUGGAUGUGUGCGUCCGUCAAUCUUUCGUACCUACGGCUUUCCGUGAGGCGGCUGGAGCAGGAAAUCGCCGAGCCGUGCUGCAGAGGAAAGGAUGGCAGGUGGUGCCGCGGUGAACACUGCCAACACGUGCAGGAGGAAAGAAAGGAUGGCAGGUGGUGCCGCGGUGAACACUCCCAACACAUGCAGGAGGAAAGAAAGGAUGGCAGGUGGUGCCGCGGUGAACACUGCCAACACGUGCAGGAGGAAAGAAAGGAUGGCAGGUGGUGCCGCGGUGAACACUGCCAACACGUGCAGGAGGAAAGAAAGGAUGGCAGGUGGUGCCGCGGUGAACACUGCCAACACGUGCAGGAGGAAAGUGAGUACCUGCUUCAUUACAUCAUGUGCACUCUGUUUUGGAAAUCGAUGUUAAACUUUUUUUUUUUUCCAUGUCAACCGAAACCUGUCUGUUGCCUGCCUUUCUCCUGUCAGCUUCCCACGAAUCUAUGAAGGAAAGAAAGGAUGUGCUUCCAUGGUAUCGUGUCAGUAGUAUUAUCCAUUGAAGGAAUAGUUUAAACCUUUUUUUCCAGAGCUUUGUUUUUGUCUCCCAUUUUCUGCCUUCCCAGGGUAUAUAUAUGAAAGAAGAAUGUAAAUUUAGUCUAUUAUGUUCAUUGUAACAUGUAUUCCAGUCUUUGUGUGCUUAUUUUAGUGUAUGCAUAGAGAAAAGAAGGAUACGAAAUCAUAUAUUUUCUAUAAUGGUGUCAUCUUUAUGGUGCAAAUAUUUGCUUGGAGAUUCAGUUGAAACCUAAUAUUUAGGUUUCAAUACCAUUUUGGAGUUCAAUUUUUUUUUUUCGUAUUUAUCUUUUGUAUGUACGAAUAUACGAGUGAAAAAAUGGAAAGAUGCAAUUACAAAAAACUUUCCAGCAUAAGAGGAAUAUUCACCUGAGACUUUAUUAGGUAACAGAUAUCAGAUAUUCUAAUUUAUUCGUUUAUUU